AUGCCGGGCUCUCCACGCCGCCGCGGCUCACAGGACGGCGAGGACACCCCUCUUUUGGCAUCGACAUCGGUGGAGGCAGAUGUGGACGCACAGGUAGACUCACACGACGGCCGAUCGUCCUCGUCCCAGGACCACCAGCACGCAGCAUCCGAGGAGUCGCAGCACCGCCGCAGAGAGACGCCACUGCCAUGGCGCCAGCUCGGCAUCCUCAUCCUCAUGCGCUUCGCCGAACCGAUAUGCUUUACACAGAUUUGUGGGCCUUGCCGUGGAGACAUGACACAAUGCCAAGGAGGAGAUGUUCCCUACGUCAACCGAAUGAUGCUGGAUAUCGGGGCGGCACCAACGCCCGCCGAAGUCGGAUUCUACGGCGGCCUCAUCGAGUCACUCUUCGCUCUGACGCAGCUCUUCACCGUCCUCGGCUGGGGUGCGCUGUCAGACCGCAUUGGUCGCAAGCCGGUCAUGCUGAUGGGCCUGAUCGGUACGACCAUCUCGCAGCUUGCGUUUGGCUUCAGCAGGUCGUUCGCCUGGGCCACUGUCGCGCGCUGCUUUGCCGGCAUGACAAACGGAAACGUCGCCAUCAUCAAGUCCAUUGUCGGCGAGAUCACAGACUCGACGAACCAGGCGCGCGCAUUCAGUCUCCUCCCGCUCUGCUGGGCCCUAGGCUGCACGAUCGGCCCGCUCAUCGGCGGAUACCUCAGCCACCCCGAAGAGCAGUACCCCGGGCUGUUUGACCGCGGUGGCGCCUUAUUCGUCAACGGCCUAUGGAUCGAGUACCCAUACCUCCUCCCCUGCCUUGUCUCGGCAUCGACAACCACGCUCAGCAUCAUCCUUGGCACCUUUUUCUUGGAGGAAACCCUUCCGUCCAAGGUCGAAGAGCGCAAGCAGCGGGGGGCAGCUAAAGAUGCUGCUGCUGCCGCCUUCGUGGCUGUGUCUGCGGAAGAGGGAGAGGCCAUGCGGACACCGUCAAACGCAGCAGACGAAGACUUGAGCAAGCGCCCGCUCCUGGGCUCGCCCGCCAUCUCGUACGGCGCAACAAGCGGGAAGAGCCUCUAUACCGCGUCAGCCAAGUCGGCUUUCGCGACGCCGGCAGCAGCAGCAGCCGCAGCAGCCGCAGUUGCAGUAGCAGAGGAGCACCCGACGGAUAGCCCAACGACAGACAGCAGCACUGUCAUUAUUCCCGAUCAUGAUGCGGCGGCGGGACAGGCGUACGACGCUGCCGCAAAUGGCCUUCUCAAGCAGAGCCUGCGCCGAUCGCUCUCCUCUGCGACCGGUGCAGCACUAGCUGCAGGCGCGGGUGACGCAAGUGCGAGCAUAAGCAACCAAGUGCCGCCUGGAUGCUUUGCGCACGAGCGUCGCAUCCGCUCAAGAGUGCGUGUCGGACAGGUGCAGUGCUGGGUCAGCGGCUUCACACCUUCCAGCAGCCGGGGAGCAAGCAGAGCGUCUAGUCCGGGGCCCCGAAGAGGCUCGUCCACGCGCGCCGGCUCGGGACCUGUGUCGGCGGGGGCGGGCAAUAGCGACAGCAUAGCUCUUGCUGAUGACGAAAACACCACAGGGAAGCAAGGGAGUGGCGUCUUCUUCAUACUCAGCUUCCGACACAUCCAAAACGUCCUUCUGAGCUACGCGUUCCUUGCGCUCUGUUCCGUGUCGAUAGAUGCGGUGCUCGUCCUGUUCCUGUACGAGCCCAUCUCUCUCGGCGGGCUGUCGUUCUCGUCGCAGCAGACCGGCACACUACUCUCCGUCUCCGGCUUUGGCUCCGUCUUCGUGCAGCUCCUUCUGUUCCCAUGGCUGCAGAAGCGCACAGGCACACUCCGCUUGUACAGGUGGUCGCUGGCAUCGUUCCCGCUCAUCGCGCUCAUCCUCCCGCUCGCCAACCUUGUCGCGCAGGCCGCACGCCCGCCACCGAAGGGCGGCGCUGACCAUCACGAUGACGACGGCAGGAAGAACAUGGCCGAACUGCUGCCCGCGGCGGCGCAGGCGUGCAUCUGGCUGCUGAUUCUGCUGGCAACUGUGCUGCGCAUGCUGAGCUCCAUGUCAUUCUCGUGCAACAUGCUACUCGUCAACCAGAGCGCGACGCUGCUGCGCGCCGGCGGCGCAAAGCUCG